CUGAGAGAUUAAAUUUGCCUUUCACAGAGCAUUCCAGCUCCCUUAGCCUUUCUCUUCCUCCCCUUCUUUUCCCUCAACCCUUACUCAUUGGCAAUACCCUUCUGUACCAGGAGGGCACUGUCAGGGUCGCAGAUAAUAUGUACACUGUUCAGCCUCAGGGUUUUUUGAUCUGGUGGCUGGAUCCUGAGCUGACGUACGGCAAUGCCAAGCCAUUUGUGUUCACGCAGGGCCACUCGGUGUGUAACCGAUCCUUCUUCCCCUGCUUUGACACACCUGCAGUGAAAUGCACCUACUCAGCCACUGUCAAGGCUCCAGCAGGCAUACAGGUGUUGAUGAGUGCCACACAAAGUACUUACUUAGAAGAGGAAGGUGUAUAUCAAUUUUACAUGGAAUAUCCAGUUCCUGCCUACCUAGUGGCCUUGGUGGCAGGAGACCUUAUACAUGCAGACAUAGGUCCAAGGAGCAGAGUGUGGGCAGAGCCUUGCCUGCUGCCAACAGCCAUCAGCAAGCUUUCUGGCAUUGUUGAACGCUGGUUGACUGCUGCAGAGAGUCUGUAUGGCCCCUAUAUAUGGGGGAGAUAUGACAUUGUUUUUCUUCCUCCAUCCUUCCCUAUUGUUGCCAUGGAAAACCCAUGCCUGACCUUCAUCAUCUCUUCCAUUCUGGAGAGUGAUGAGUUUUUGAUCAUUGAUGUCAUUCAUGAAGUUGCCCACAGCUGGUUUGGAAACGCUGUCACCAAUGCCACAUGGGAGGAGAUGUGGCUGAGCGAGGGACUGGCCACCUACGCGCAGCGCCGCAUCACCACUGAGACCUACGGAGCUGCCUUCACAUGUUUGGAGACUGCAUUCCGCCUCGAUGCUCUCCACAGACAGAUGAAGCUCCUUGGAGAAGACAACCCGGUCAGCAAGCUUCAGGUUAAACUGGAGCCAGGUGUAAAUCCCAGUAAUUUAAUGAACCUCUUCACCUAUGAGAAAGGCUACUGCUUUGUUUACUACCUGUCUCAGCUCUGUGGUGACCCAAGACACUUUGACUCCUUCCUAAGAGCCUACAUUGAGAAGUACAAAUUUACCAGUGUCGUGGCUCAAGAUCUUCUGGAUUCCUUCCUGAAUUUUUUUCCAGAGCUGAAAGAGCAAUGUGUUGAGAGCAAAGCAGGACUGGAGUUUGAACGUUGGCUCAAUGCUACAGGACCUCCGUUAGCUGAGCCAGACUUAUCUCAGGGAUCCAGUCUGACCAGACCAGUGGAGACACUCUUCAAACUCUGGACCACAGAGCCUCUGGACUCUGUUGCUGCCGCCAGCAGUGUUGACCUCACUAAAUGGAGGACGUUCCAAACCGUGCUUUUCCUGGACAGAUUGCUGGAUGGGUCACCACUGCCACAUGAGGUGAUAAAAAAGCUCUCGGAAUGUUACUCCUCUCAGCUGGACUCCAUGAACGCAGAAAUCCGUAUCCGCUGGUUGCAGAUUGUAGUCCGAAAUGACUAUUAUCCAGACCUUUACAAAGUCCGUCGCUUCUUGGAAAACCAGAUGUCUCGGAUGUACACAAUUCCACUUUAUGAGGACCUUUGCACUGGCACCCUCAAGUCUUUUGCCUUAGAAAUUUUUUACCAGACCCAAAACCAGCUGCACCCUAAUUUGCGGAAAACGAUCCAACAGAUCUUAUCACAGGGCUUGAAUCCACUUCCUGCCAUAGACACUACAGCAGUCACUACAGACACACCAGCAAUGGUGCUUGAGGACAAAGUCUCAGAGGCCACAAAUGGUGCCAUUUCACUCAGGGAUGUCAACGUGUCUGCUUAG